AUGGGCGUUAAGGGAUUUUUCCGGAAUCGCUCCGGCAUGCGUGUUGAUAAUAGCAAGACGACUAGUGCUGCUACUCUCACGCUGCGACAGAGUCUGUAUCCUCUUGGGUUGGUUACUAUUUUGUUCUUUCUUUGGGGCUUUGCGUACGGCCUGCUCGAUACUCUCAACAAGCAUUUCCAGAAUACACUGCACAUCACGCGUGGUCGUUCGGCGGGUCUUCAGGCUGCUUAUUUUGGCGCAUAUCCCCUCGCCUCACUAGGUUAUGCCAAUUGGAUCCUGCGCCACUACGGCUACAAAACGGUCUUCAUCUUCGGGCUCGUCCUCUACGGCAUUGGCGCUUUGUGCAUGUGGCCCGCCGGACUGAAUCAGUCUUUCGGUGGAUUCUGCGGAGCUACCUUUGUUAUUGGAUCCGGACUGGGUUCUUUGGAGACGGCGGCGAAUCCUUAUCUUACUGGUACGAGGCAAAGCAUUGCAUUGAAUCCCAUUCCCUGCAUGGAAUUUAUUCCUUCAUCCCCUCCGAGUCCCCCCGCCGAGGUCCAUCAUGAUCUACACGAUCAAACCCAAAAAGAAUAUUCAGCCAAACCACAAACUAACAUCCCCCAGUCUGCGGACCCCCCCCGCUACUCCGAAAUCCGCAUAAACUUUGCCCAAGCCUUCAACGCAAUCGGCACAGUCGUCGGGCCCGUCCUAGGUUCCUACGUAUUCUUCACCGAAACAGCCGACGACGUCUCAGCCCUACAACGCGUACAAUGGGUCUACCUAGCAAUCGGAAUAUUCGUCUUCUGCCUCGCAUUCGUAUUCUUUAUUUCGAAUAUUCCCGAAGUCACGGAUGAGGAUAUGGCUUUCCAGGUUUCCUCUACGCAUGUUGAUGAGCAGAAUAAGCCGUUUUGGAAACAGUAUAAGCUUUUCCAUGCUACGCUUGCUCAGUUUACUUAUACUGGUGCUCAGGUCGCUAUCGCGGGUUACUUCAUAAACUACAUAACAGACACCUGGCCACCCAGCGACAGCGCCAAAGGCGCCAAACUUCUCGCAGGCGCACAGGGCGCGUUCGCCGUCGGCCGCUUCCUGGGAUCAGGACUAAUGAGAUUCACCAAGGCUCGAUGGAUAUUCCUCGUCUAUUUAUCGUGCACGGUAGCGUUUCUAGCCGCGUCCGUGACGCAGCGGAAGGAGAAGGGUGUGGCUAUGUUAUUCAUGACAUUAUUCUUUGAAUCGCGUGGUUCGGGGUUUAUUGUUGGUGGUGUUUGUGGUGGGGCGGUUGUUCCGCCUAUUCUUGGGCAUGUGGCUGAUAUGAAGAAUGAUACGGGGUUUGCUAUGAUUGUUCCUACUAUGUUUAUGGUUGUCGCGUGGACGUAUGCUGUUGCGGUGAAUUUUUCGCCGAGUUAUCGGGAUACGGUUGAUAAGGUGGGUGAGAGUACGGUUGGGUUGCAGGAUGAAAGGAUUGAUGAGGAAAAGGUUGUUGAGGCGGAGCAUGAGAAGGAGGUGGUUGUUCAUCGGGAUUAG